CCCCCAUCUAUUGGGAUUAAUUAGUCUCCCUGAACAGUCGUGAGAGAACCUUUGUUUGCUGCGGCAGACACUAGAGACUGUUGGAAGACCUUGAGAUAUACAAAAAUGUAGAAUUAUUUUGAAAAUAGGUGAUGUGGAUCUGGUACUACUUGAUUUACAUAUAUGUAUUUGCUUCUCUGCUUACUUGUAACGAAAGCUACAUUAUAUAAUAUACCUUUGAUUUAAGCAAUCUUGUUGAAUAGGUUUCUCUGGUUCUUAUGGAGAAAAACUUAAGAUUUUUGUAAUCCAUCAUACAUUUUGGUAUAGUUUUGAUCUUAUAUGUAUUGUGCUUUGACACAAGCUAACUAUUUUCUUGUUUCACAGAGCGGGAUCAAUUCUAAAGCAGCCAUGAGUCUGGCUCGCUAAAGAAGCCUAUCGAUGUGGAUCGUCCAAUGGAGAGAGAGCAUGUGACAUGAAACCUUCGUUGUAUUGGGCCAAUAUCUUUUGUAAUUGGGCUGACUAAAAAUCAUGAUAAAGUCCGAGGGAGACUAUAAAUAAUUUACUCAUUGUUCCUGCCGACAUUACACGUGGCGAAAGAGUAGUUAUAUGCCAGAGAGACUCCUCUAAAAUGGGGUCACGUGUAGCCUGUAUCGACUAUUCAAUAAUGCCACUCUCGCUCGGUGACACCGUGUCUCUUACUUUAUCAUUAGUCUUUCAAAUUAACUAUAUAGUCCUUCAACAUGUAGUAAUUCAUCUACUUAUAAAUUGCUGUUACCCAAAUCUCGAGUAUCUAAAACUUAUACUUUUCAGACAUUGACCAAGUAGUGAAUCAAAUCCUCACGUUACACUAUAUUGUAAUCUUUUUAAAACACGAUCUAAUUAAAUUUUGUUUUAUUUCAUAAACAUAGAUUAGUUUAGAAAACGCCAUAUGCAAAUGUGUAUCACCUAAUUCUUGGGACCUUUCAGAAUUCAUAUAUACACAUAACAAACAGUCUUUUCAUUUACUUUCUCUAUUCAAUCUCACACGCGCUAAACCAUAACCCGAUAUUACUAAUGACGAACUACGGUGCGAUUCCGACGUCGUCUCAUGCAUCUCCGUUGGUGGAUGUCGAGUCUCUCUCACGCGCUAAACACCGUAUCAAAGCCGGGCUAGCCACGCGCCGUGCUUGGAGAGUGAUGUUCGAUUUCCACUCCAUGGGACUGCCUCACGGUGUCUCCGAUGCGUUCACAAGAAUCAAGACCAAUCUUGCUUACUUCCGUAUGAACUACGCAAUCGUUGUCUUGAUCGUUAUCUUCUUCAGCUUGAUCUGGCAUCCGACAUCGCUCAUCGUCUUCACCGUCUUGGUCGUUGUUUGGAUCUUUCUGUAUUUUCUCCGUGAUGAGCCUAUCAAGCUGUUCCGGUUUCAGAUCGAUGAUCGGACGGUCUUGAUUGUUUUAUCGGUGUUAACCGUCGUUUUACUCCUGUUGACCAACGCGACGUUUAAUAUUGUUGGAGCGCUUGUGACCGGAGCUGUGUUGGUUUUGAUCCAUUCGGUGGUUAGGAAGACGGAGGAUCUUUUCUUGGAUGAAGAAGCGGCGACGACUGAGACUUCUGGGCUGACGUCAUACCCGUCGACUUAAAUCGUUUCAUCUCGAAAUUUGUGUAUCUUUUCUAUUUUUGUAUAUUAUCUUGUUUUUUUAAUUAUGCGUAAUCAAUUUUUAUUGGUGUGAGUUUGGUUUGAGACUUUCUCUCUCUCUUUUGUUUUCUGAGUUUUGAGCUCUGUCUGAAGUUUGAACAAUUCUAAUUUGUUAUAAUUUUUAUUACUCCCUCUGUCCAUAAAAGAUAAAUUUUUUAGGAAAAAUA